GAAGCUAAGAUGCAGAGAUUGGGUUGCGCCUAGCCCAGAGUUGCUCUGUCUUUUUCUUUCUUUCUUUCAUUUUCUCAUAUUAUCGUUACAGUUGUUGUAAUAAUCUUGAUUUACAGAACUUUUCUUCUUCUUUCUUUCGAUUUGAUAUAUUAUAUAGGGUUAUUAGCAAUCGUGGUGCUGCUUCUCGAUUCAGAUAGAUCAAACCUCCAAAUUAGGGUUUCCUCCCAACCCACUUCUUCUAUUGUAAAACCAUGUCUUUUCUUUAUCUUCAAUCUUGAUCUUGAUCUAUCCAUCUACAUCUAUUUCUUUCUAUUCAUACAUACCAGAUCAGGGGUUGUAUUAUUUUCGUACUAAUUUAAUCAAAGGGAUCAUCAAUACUAGUUCAACAACUGACCAACAUGGACAAGAAGAAGGUUGCGCCUCCGCUCGUCUGCCAUGGACAUUCUCGUCCCGUUGUCGAUUUGUUCUAUAGUCCAACUACGCCUGAUGGAUUCUUUCUUAUCAGUGCCAGCAAGGAUUCUACUCCCAUGUUAAGAAAUGGUGAGACUGGAGACUGGGUAGGAACAUUUGAAGGGCAUAAAGGUGCUGUUUGGAGCUGCUGUCUUGAUAGAAAUGCUUUACGUGCAGCAUCCGGUUCUGCUGAUUUUUCUGCGAAACUUUGGGAUGCAUUGUCUGGAGAUGAAUUGCACUCUUUUGAACACAAACACAUUGUUCGGACUUGUGCAUUUUCUGAGGAUACUAAUUUUCUACUUACUGGGGGUAUGGAAAAAUUACUUCGAAUCUUUGAUUUAAACCGUCCUGAUGCACCUCCAAGAGAAGUUGGUUAUUCUCCUGGCUCUGUUCGAACUGUCGAGUGGCUUCACAGUGACCAGACUAUAAUGACAUCAUGCACUGAUAUUCCGGGUGCAAGGCUGUGGGAUUUGAGGAGCGGACAAAUUGUCCAAACACUUGAGACGACUUCACCUGUUACCAGUGCAGAAGUAAGCCAGGAUGGCCGCUAUAUAACCACUGCAGAUGGGUCCACAGUCAAAUUUUGGGAUGCCAAUCAUUUUGGAUUAGUGAAGAGCUACAACAUGCCUUGCAAUGUUGAAUCUGCAUCAUUGGAACCGAAGUAUGGUAAUAAGUUCAUUGCAGGAGGUGAAGAUAUGUGGGUUCACAUUUUCGACUUCCUUACCGGGGAAGAGAUUGGUUGUAACAAGGGUCACCAUGGUCCUGUUCACUGUGUAAGAUUCUCACCCGAAGGGGAAUCAUAUGCUUCAGGAUCUGAAGAUGGGACCAUAAGGAUAUGGCAGACGGGGCCCUUGAUGACGACGAAGAACAAUGAGAAUGACAUGUCAGCAGUGGGGGUGGUGAAUGGGAAAUUGAUUGUGGGAGUUGAUGAUCUCACCCUACAAAGUUGAUGCUUUUUUAGAUGACAGUAAAUUGUAUGGAUUUGGAUUUUUCUGAUUGUCUCUCUAUUGGCACGAAAAAUUAUGGUCGUGUUUCUUCCUUACUUGAAUACAUAGGUACAAAAAAAUCAAGUGGGGAUUAGUGGGAGUGAUUAAGGGGUCUUGUUUCUUUGUUGUUUUGUUCUGUUAUUCACUUUCUCUAUAACUUUUUUCUUCAAAAAAAAAUAUUGUUGUUGAGGCUGAACUUUGAUGAACUUUGAUGAAUCAACAAGGAAGGGGUCUAUUGCAUGUGGUUGUGUUAGUUUUCA